GACGGCGGCUCGGCGAUGGCUCUCCCGCAGGCGCAGAAACGGCUGCUGGGCAGCUGAUGGGCAGGGGCUUACCAGGCCGGCUUGCUCUGAGCCGCGGCUACUGUGUCCAGGCUCCGGGUUCUCAGAGCUGUCAUACAUGAAGUACACAGAAAUGAAAAGAAAAGUUGUGAAUGCUCGCAAGCUGAGGUUGAGUCCUAAUGAGGAAGCCUUCAUUUUGAAGGAAGAUUAUGAAAGAAGACGAAAACUAAGAUUGCUACAGGUUCGAGAACAAGAAAGAGAUAUCGCCUUACAGAUAAGAGAAGACAUAAAACAGAGGAGAAAUCAACAAUUGACACGUUUGGCAGAGGAGCUAAGGGCAGAAUGGGAAGAAUCACAAACUCAGAAAAUACAGAACCUGGAAAAACUGUAUUUGGCAAGUUUGAGAAGUAUGGGAGAGGGACAUCGACAGGCCAAAGAAAAUGAACCUGAUUUGGAUGCUCUGGCACAGCAGGCAGCAGAAAGGAAAAGAAAAGCAGAUUUGAGGCAUAAAGAAGCCCUGAAAGUACAGAAAAAUAAAAAAGAAAUAUUAAUGAAACAAAAAACCUGGCAUAUAAAAGCUCGAAAGGAAGCACUGCUUGUGGAAAAAGAGAGAUCAGCCAAAAUUACAAGUCUGCCCCCUCCUCCUCCAGCUCUUUUUGAGAACAUUGAAGUGAAAAGAAUUUGUGCAGUCAAAACCAAUAGUUCUACCUACCACCAUCUUCACACUUUUGUGAGUAGAGAGAGAGACACAAAACAGCCAGAUGCUCAUUUGGCUGCUGAGGAGGAAGCUAAACGAUUGGAAGAGCUACAAAAACAGGCAGCACAAGAGAGAAUGGAACGGUUUGAAAAGGCACAUGUACGGGGAUUCCAAGCAAUGAAGAAGAUCCAUUUGGCUCAAAAUCAGGAGAAACUAAUGAAAGAACUUAAACAGUUACAGCAAGAGGACCUGGCACGUAGGAGACAGACUGUAGCACAAAUGCCACCACAACUAGUUGAACUUCCAUACAAACGCAGUGAAAUGAAAGAAGACUGGCAGAGAGAAUUGGAAUUUGCCUUUGAAGAUAUGUACAAUGCAGACAGGAAGGUGAAAGGGAAUCUGAUUCUGCACCUUGAACCAGAGCCCUUGCCCACUGUGACUGAUCAGAUUCAAGAUGAAGAGCUGAACCUUUCAAUGGAACAAGAAAAUGUGGGUGCAGCUGAAGACCUUCCAGUGACAGAAGCUGAAAUAAUAUGUUCUAGUGAAACAGAUGUUCCCUUGGUAAUGAAGACCCAACAGAUUCCUUCAAAAGUUCUUUUUAAAAAAUUAUUAAAUAAGAUCCGAAGCCAAAAAUCUCUCUGGACAAUUAAAUCCAUGUCUGAGGAUGAAAGUGAAAUGAUUACGACUGUUAGUGAAAUUGAGAGUAAAGCACCAACGGUUGAGUCAGGAACAAUUGCCAGUGAAGAGAGAACAUUAUCCUCUGGGCAGGAACAAGUUGUUGAAAGUGAUACACUAACAAUUGAGUCUGGACCACUUGCCAGUGAAGAUAAACCACUUUCGUGUGGUACAAACUCUGGAAAAGAACAAGAAAUAAAUGAGGCUCUGCCUAUCACAACUGUAGCUCAGAGUUCAGUUCUACUUCAUCCUCAAGAAGAAGCAGCCAGGAUUAGAAUGUCAGCAAGACAGAAACAGAUAAUGGAAAUAGAAGAGCAGAAGCAAAAGCAAUUGGAAUUACUUGAACAAAUUGAACAGCAAAAAUUAAGAUUAGAAACUGACUGCUUCAGGGCUCAGCUGGAAGAAGAAAAAAGAAAAAAAACUCAACCGACUGGGGUUGGCAUUGCUCCAGCAUCAUGUGCUGUAAUUUCUGAUGAAGAUAGUCAUAGGCAGAUGAUUCGUAACUAUCAACAUCAGCUUUUACAACAAAACAGGUUACACAGGCAGUCUGUUGAAACAGCCAGGAAGCGAUUACUUGAAUAUCAAACUAUGUUAAAAGAAAGGUGCCCAUCGAUGUCAGCUCCAUCACUGAUAACUGAUUCUGUCGUAUCAGUGCCGUCAUGGAAAUCUGAGAGACCAACUGCUAUAUCAGAGCACUGGGAUCAAGGUCAGAGACUCAAGUUGAGUCCUGACAAAUACCAACCCAUACAACCUAUACAGACCUCCAAAUUAGAACAAGAUCAUUUUCAGGUAGCGAAACAAAAUGACUUUCCACAAAGACAGGUGGAAACAGCAGAAACAUCAGGCGCUUCAGAUACUUUAACCAAUCAGUCUUUAGAAUCACAAGAACAUCUAAGGCAAUUCUCUCAGACCGAAACACAACAGAGAGACUAUAAAUUGGUCCCCGAAAAUUCUGAGACACUUUCAAGGGCUUUGUCACAUGACAGGCAACUAAUAUCACAGGAUGCUAGAAAAAUAUCUGAAACAUUUAGGGCAACAACUUUUCAAAGUUUAGAUUCCCAACAAUUGUUCUCAGAGAAUAGUGAAAAUAUAUCUUCCCAUCUAACUGAACCUUCUUCAUUUGUACCACUGGUACCUCAGUGUUCUUUUAGUUCUCUGCCUGUUAAAGUUGAAACAGGAAACAUUCAAGAACCCUUUUCAGCCAUGAGCAAAAGUACAGUUUCCACAAGCCAUUCUAUAAUCAACCAAAUGUAUGAUAGGCCUUUGCUAUCCUCAGAGAAUAUCACAGUCCAGCAAGGUAAUAUGAAGGCCCUCCAAGAACAGUUAGACCUACAGAAGAAAGUUCUUCAGGCAAGACAGGAAGCUCAGGAACAGUUGCUUUUGUGCAAACAGAAAGAAUUGGAACAGCAAACUGGCCUCUCGGUAUUCCUUCCCUUGGUAACUCCAGAUUUAUCUGCUUUAUUGCCUUCUGCCAAAGCAGAUUUGGGGAGAACGCAGGAAUCUUCACCAACGAAGAAUAAUACUGCAGUUUCCUCAGACCAUGAUGUGAUCUCACAACUUCAGGAUAGGCUUUUGAGUCUUUCACAGCCUAUCCUAUCACAGCAAAAUAAUUUUAAAUUUCUCCAAGAGCAGUUGAAUAUUCAGAAGGAUAGCCUUCAGGCUAGGCGAGAAGCUCAGGAAGUAUCGUGUGUACAUAAACAGAGUGAAUUAGAUGGAAGAGUAUGUUCUGAACAGGCUGAGCCCUCUUCUUUCCCAUUUCAGGUAGCUCAGCAUACAUUUACUUCACUACCAUCUGCUGAUACGAAAUCUGGAAAAAUACAGGAGCAAUAUUCAUCUAAGAGUGAUAAAGGACUUGUUUCAUGCCAGUCUGACAUCCCCAAAUCUCAGGAUGAGUCUUUGAGUUUCCUACAGCAGUUCCUACCUCUACAUGAUAGUUUGAAGUUGCUCCAAGAACAGUUGACUAAACAGAGGGAUACUCUUCAGGCUAGGCAUGAAGCUCAGGUGGAAUUACUUUUACAUAGACAAAGAGAUUUGGGGGACAGUAAGUCUGGGCCAGUGAGCUCUUCAUCCUCACCAAUGGUGGUUCAGCAUUCAGUUGCUUCACAAGCUUCUGCUAAAGCUGAGCCUAGGAGAAUUCAGGAGCUUUAUUUAUCUGAGAAGGAGAAUGUCGUUCCCUCCAGUCAUUUGAUAAUCCCAACAUUUCAGGAUAAGUCUCUUAGUUUUCCACAGCAUAGCCUGCCACAGCAAGAAAAUUUGACAAUACUCCAAGAACAGUCACAAAUACAAAGGGUAAUACUUGGUGCUAAAGAAGGAACUCAGGAAUUUGUACACAAAGAAAGUGAAUUGGAGAAAAAGAUUUCUUCUGAACAGACUGGCACCUCUUCAUCCCUUUCCCAGGUAGAUGAAUCUGAGAGAUUCCAGGAAUGUAUAUCAAUCAAGAGUGACAGUACCAUUCCCUUAAGCCAUCCUAAGAUCCCAAGAUGUCAGGAAAGACUUUUGAGAGUUUCACAACAUAUGCUACCUCUACAAGAUAAUUUGGAGGAACACCAAGCAUGGCUAGACACUGAGAAAGAAGCCUUUCAUUUCAGCCAGAAAACCCAAGAAAAUACAGCUUCUGAACAAAGUGGCUCAUCUUCAUUCAUACCCCAGUUGGUACAGCUUUCAUUUACCUCGUUAGCUUCAGCUGAGUCUGGCACAAUCCUGGAACCUCUUUUAACAGAGAGUGAAAGUAAAAUUUUUUCAGGCCACCUUCAGAUCCCACAAUUGCAGGAUAGACUUUUGAGGAUAUCGCAACUUAUCCAGCCUCAACAAGAUAAUUUGAAGGCACUUCAAGAACAGUUAGCUGCACAGAGAGAAGCCAUCAUUCUAGCUAGACAAGAAGCUCGGGAAGAAUUACUUUUACAUCAACAGAGUGAAUGGGAGGGAAGAAUAUCUCCCGAGCAGGUUGACACCUCUUCCUUACCCCUAGUACCACAGCAUUCAUUCACCUCAUUACCUCUUACUGAAUCUGAAAGAAACCAAGAACCAUCUUCAAUUAACAGUGAUAAUAUGGUAUCCUCAGGUCACUCAGCGAUAACAUUGCCUGAUAGGCCGUUGGGCUUAUCACAUCUUGUUUUACCUCAGCAAGAUAAUUCGAUUGCACUUGAAGAACACUUGCAUGCACAGACAGAUUUACUUCCUUCUAUUGAGAAAACCCAGAAAGAACUGGUUUUGUCACAACCAUGUAAAUUUGAGGAAAAGGUAUCUUCUGAGCAUUUUAUCCAGUCUCACCAUGGUGAUUUGCAGGUACUUCAACAGCAGUUAGAUACACAGAAGAAAGCCAUUCAAUCUAUACAGGAAGUCCAAGAAGAAUUGCUUUUGCAAAGAUUAAGUGAAUUGGAGAAAAGAGUAUCAUCUGAACAAGUUAGCUCCUCUUCAUUCUUAUCCCAGGUAGUACUGCCUAUUGUUGACUCUGAAAGAACCCAGAAGUCUUUCCCAACCGAAGGUAAUGAUACUGUUCCCUCAAGUCAUCCUGAGAUCCCAAGAUUACAAGAUAGACUUUUGAGUUUAUCACAGCCUGUUCUGCCUCAGCAAGAUAAUUUGGCAGCACAAUUGGAUGCACAAAGGGAAGUAGUGUAUUCUUAUGAGAAACCCCAGGAAGAACUGCCUUUAAACCAACAAAGAAAGUUGAACAAAAGUGAAUCUGCUGAGCAUACUGUCCCCUCUUUGUUGCUACCCAAGGAAACAGAGCAUUCAUUUAUUCCACUACCUUUUGCAGAAGCUAAACCUAAAAGCACUUGUGAAUUGUAUUCAUCCCAGAAUGAACAUGCAGCUCCCCCAAGUGGUCCUGUGAUCCCAAGGUUUCAAGAUAGACUUCUGAGUUUUUCACAGCCUGUCUUAGCUCAGCAAGAUAACUUGGGACUUCAGAAGCAGUUGGAUCUACAAAGAGAAGUUUUGCAUUAUAGCCAGAAAGCCCAAGAAAAAUUGCUUGUACAGAGACAAACAGCAUUGCAGCAGCAGAUACAGAAACAUGAAGAGACUUUGAAGGAUUUCUUUAAAGACAGUCAGAUAAGUAAGCCCACAGUUGAAAAUGAUUUAAAAACCCAGAAGAUGGGACAGCUCAGAGAGUGGUUUCCUAACACACAAGAUCUAGCAGGAAAUGAUCAGGAAAACAUUAGGCAUGCAGAUAGGAACAACUCUGAUGAUAAUCAUUUGGCUUCAGAUGAUACUAGUGCCAAGCAAAGUGGUGAGCAUCUGGAAAAAGAUCUGGGGAGAAGAUCCUCAAAACCACCUGUAGCAAAAGUCAAAUGUGGUUUGGACUUAAACCAGCAUGAACUUAGUGCUAUACAAGAAGUAGAAUCACCAGCAAGUGGCAGAACUUCUCUACUAGGUAAACCAGGUAUUUAUCAAGACAGAGACCCCCUGAGAGUCUCAAUAAGCCGAGAACAAAGUUUCUUUGGGAGCCCACUGACCUGUGAUCCAUUUAGUUGUCUUCAACAGGUUGGCCAAGAGAAUGUCUGUGGUGAUGACUAUGAUGAAGCAGUUAAGGUGAAGGAAUCUGUUGUUGAAAAUCAUGCAGUGUUAAGUUAUGCUGUGGAGGAAGAACAUACGUAUUUGGGUCCAAUUGUGAAGCCAGAUGAUAAGGCUAAAACACUUUCUCAUGAGCCAUUAUCUUCAGUAACCGUUUCCACUGGAAGCCUUUUAAGUUAUGAAAACACAGAUUUGAGCCUUACAGAUCCAGAGUCAUUUUCAGAGCACAUGGAUGAUAGCAAGCAAGAAUCUACCACCGUUGACCUUGACUUUCCAGAAUUGGAACACAUUUUUCCUAAUUUGCAUCAUCAGCUGUUUAAACCCUUAGAACCACAUCCAGAUUUUGACUUGUCAUCAUCAUCCUCUGGGAUUUCUCCAGACAACAGAGACUUUUACCAGAGAUCAGAUUCUUCAUCUGAAAGCCACUGUGCUACUGGAUCAUCCAAAAGUACAGUUUAUUUCACAGCGCUGAGGAGGACCAGCAUGCAUUCUUCUCUUAACACAAGCCCAAAUCAGCAACCUGACACUAACUUGGCUCAUGUUGGAGCUCACAGUUUUGCUACAGAAAAUAUUAUUGGGGGAUCUGAACAAUGUUUUGAACAGCUUCUGCCAGAAUAUUCUUCACAGGAGGAGAGCCAGCAUGCUGAUCUACCAAGUAUUUUUAGCAUUGAAGCAAGGGAUUCUUCCCAAGGCAUGAAAAAUCAGAACUAUUCCUCUGAAGAACAUACUGAAAUACUACAAAACAAGAAAAAAGGUGUUCAUUUCCAGCUUUCUGUAGGAAACUUAAGUUCAGUCUACAGUUCAUGUGAUGAAGCUAAUAUAUUUGAUCAAUUAAAUGUACAUAGCACUCCAUGUGGUUCUAACUCUAGUGAGUGCUCAAUAAAACACCAACUAGAAAGCAGAAAGGAAAGGAUGGGCUUUGAAGAACUAUCAAAAAGAGGGGUUGUUACAAUUUUACAAAGUCAAGGACUCACUGAAGAUAAUAAAAAUGAAACCUGUAGGGUUUUAGACAUAAAUCCACAGAUAGAGGAAAUUGACUCUCAAUUAUGUGUGGAGAUGGGGACUUCAGUUCAGGCACCAUAUUCCUUAACUACUCAAAAUGAAAAAUGUUUUGAGAAUUCAGCUGAAAUAGACAUUCCAAAAAUCACCAAAAAACUAUCUCAACUAAGUCAAUCAGAGCUUUUUGCAAGUUCCAGAUCAUUUUCAUUACAGAGCUCUAUACCAGUCUGGGAAACAGAAACUGGCCAUGGUAUAAUGGAAGAACCAGAACUAACUUUAGUAAGCACCAGUGAUAUCAGUAUUGCUGAAAUGGAUUUUGCAAAUUUAACCCUAGAAGAAAAGAGUGAGAAUGAAGCAAAAAGCAGCUUUCAGGUGAGUGAGUUUCUGCCUCUUGUAUCAGAAACAGAAGCCUCAGAUUAUCCAGCUGUAUCAGAACUUUCCAUAGAAAAACCAAGGACAGCAUCUACUGACACCCCUCAAAGGUUUACACCUAUACCAGGGAGCUUACAAGAAGCAUUUAUAAAGAGAAAAAAAUCAUUUAUGGAGAGAUCCCACCAGAGGGAGAAAGAAAUAAGGAAUAAAAUUCGUCUCUCUGAAAAUUCUCAAAUCAAAACAAUUAAAGAGAAACCAUCUAUAAGUUCAUCUGUGAGUCGUCUAAAGGGCGUGAAUAAAGUCAGAGCAUCUUUUCCUGAAGACAGAAAGACCACACAGGCUCUAAGGCACCAAAGGGGUCUAAGGUUAUACAAUCAACUAGCUGAAGUGAAACAACAAAAGGAAGAAAAAGCAAAACAAGAGGCUUAUGCCCAAAACAGAGCAAAGGCAAAAGAAUUCCAUAAGGUAAGUGUAACUGAGGGGGAAGGACUUAAUUUUUCAAGCCUGAAGUACACAACUGAAACUACUAAAUUUUUAUUCCUUCCACAGAAAACACUAGAGAAACUUCGAGCCAGAAAUACAUGCUGACUUUCUAGAAACAGUGUAAAGAGGUUUUUUUUUUUUUUUAUUGUGUAUAUGUAGCAUUAGACAAAAUUAUUUAAAGUCAAUAAAUUUUUAUUCAAGG